AUGGCAAGUUAUCCCGACGGUAAUCUGCGCAUUGCAAUUAUUGGCGGCGGGCCAGGCGGUCUUGCAACGGCCAUUGCACUCUCUGCCCUACCCAACGUUGAGGUAAACCUGUACGAAAAAGCUCAUGAGCUGCGCGAGAUUGGUGCCGGUCUCAACAUUGGAUACAAUUCCUGGCGGGUGUUGGAGAUACUGGGUGCAGAUAGCAAUAUCAACGGACAUCUGAUUACUGAAGUUCAGCAGCGCAAUGGGCUAGAUGGCACUCUUGUCGCCAAGCGUGGCCCAUCUACAUUGCCACUGAAAUAUCAGUCACGCCGAGCCCGCAGAACUCGGUUGCAAAGAGCGCUUCUCGAUCAGGUUCCAGUUGAUAUUAUCCACCUGCGCAAGGAGCUCACCUCGAUAGAAAACGUGCCUGAAGGGGGAGCGCAUUUGGGGUUUUCUGACGGAUCAGAAGCAUUUGCCGACCUGGUUGUUGGCGCGGAUGGAAUUCGCUCGGUCGUAAGACAAACAGCAUUUCCGGAGCACAAUAUCAAAUUCAGCGGAAUCACCAUUUGGCGUACUCUAGUGCCUCGAUCGCUGCUAGCACAUAUUCCGGAUAUCCCUACUUGUACGUCAUGGUGGCAUGGUCCAUCGGGUCAUGCAUAUUUCUCGCCAGUCGACGACCCAUCAAGGACAGAGCCAGAGGACGAGAUGAUUGAGAUUUCCUCGCGUACUAUUGUUGAUCCCGAGACGGAUAAAACGAGACGAUGGAGUUGGGGCGUUCCCACUACGAACGAGCACGUGGAAUCGCAUUUUACUAAUUUUGACCCUAGAGUAAGGGAAGCUUUAGCAAAAGUCCCGAAAGGCAACUGGAAGGAAUUCUCUGCUUUCUCUGGGCCAAGACUCCAAGAGUUAACCGCCUGGGACAAACUUGUUCUAAUCGGAGAUGCAAGCCAUCCGUUGACUGGUGCAUUUGGUUCAGGAGCGGCAUUCGCGAUGGAGGACGGAUGGAUCCUUGCGCGAAGUCUCGAAUUUAUCUUCCCCAGUUUGCAGGGGGAGAAGGGAUCAUCGAUCUCAACGCAUGAUGGAAUCAAAAAAGCAUUGGCGAUAUUUGAUUCCAUUAGAUCACCAUACUAUGCUCGCAUGUACGAGUAUCUGGACAACGUGAGCGCCAAGGCGAAGGCCAGAGGGAGUACCUUUGAAGCCAGACUGAAGUCAAGAGUAGAGGCUUUCAGCGAAGGUGGCCUUGAUUGGAUUUAUCUAAACGAUAUUGAGCGCGUGUGGAACGAUUGGCUGGAAAACAUGGACUCAACGAGACGAGAGAAAACUAACAAUGUCCGCAUCGAAUCUAAUCUCUAA